AUGGCGCCCAAAGGUGAGGCCGGUGACAGCCCAGACCUCGAAGCGCGGGCCAUCCUCGACGAAGCCGAGAAGCUGCUGACGCUAGGCAAGCUGGAGGAAUCAAGCGAGCAGGCAUUGGUUGCUCGGGAGUACUUCCUGGAGACCGGAGACCUUGCGAGCGAAGCGGAGGCCUUCCGGAUCGAGAUUCUGGCGAAGCAGGAUGAAGGCGAGUACGGAGCAAGGACUGGUGAGGUAGUGCUGAAGGCGAGUGAAAUCGACCUCCUUUGCGAAAUCGAGCUUUCGCGAGCAAAAGCUGCUGGAGACAUCAAGGCAGAAGCAGUAUUGCUGUACACGCUGGUGGAGGUCAACGUGACUCGCUCAACACACAAGAUGCGCACGGAGUCGAAGAAGUGGUGCGAUGAAUCCAUCAGACUUUUCGAGCAGCUGGGCGAAACCUUCUGGCAAGCACGUGCCGUUUUGAUGAUGGUGAACGUGCAGCAUAAGUUUCAAGAUUCAGACAACAUGCACAAGUAUGCCAAGCAGGCACACGAGCUCUUCGGACGGGUCGGGGAUCGUAAGAGGCAGGGGAUGGCCCUACACGCAAGCAGCCUCGCGUACUUGGGGGAGAAGAACACCCCCGCUGCAAUUGACUGCGGGCUGCAAGCUUUGGCAAUUUACCGUGACAUUGGAGAUCGACGAUUGGAGAUUGCGGAGCUGAAAACAGUUGCUGUGUGGCGGAUGGGGCUCGAAGGAAAUCAAGGAAAGAUUGCCGCCCGCGAAGCACUGGAAGCUCUGGAGCUGUCGCGGAAGUACACAGAGCCCAAUCAGGAGAUCCUUCGCUUCACUUCAUUGCCGCAGGAGACGGUCACGCUACAUGUGGCCCUGCAAGCUUUGCUUCAGAUAGGCGAGCGCAAAGAGGCACUUCGAGCAGCGCAGAUUUCGUUGAAGCGCUUUCAGAAGGAUCCACGCUUGCAGAUGGAGACGGCCACGUUGCAAGUUCUAGUAGAUGAGCUUCAGGGCAAGAAGACGCAAAAUGAAAUGGAGCUGAUGCAGGGAAUCAAGUCACGCAAGCAGAGGAUGCACAUCCUCAUUGACUUGGCCAGGUCACACUGCAACAACGGGCAGCUGGAUGAAGCCGAGGCCGCCGUGGCAGAGGGCCUCGAGCUGGCCCGGGAGUUUGGCAAGACGCUCCGAGAGGCACAGGGCCUCCGGAUCCUGGCCCAGCUGCAGCUGGCCAGAGGCAACCACUACCAGGCCAUGUCUUCGGUCAAGAAGUCCAGAAAGCUAUCCACCCAAGAUGAGGACAAGGAAGGUGAGGCAAGUGCAUGGCUGCUCCAAGCAGAGUGCCAUGCAGCUGCACGCAGCUUCGAUGAGGCUCAGGUAUGCUGCCGGGAAGCACAUGCCAUUUGCGAAGAGCACGACCUGUACAAGAAGGAGAUCGAAGUUUGGCACCGUGUGGUCGAGCUGCACAUGGCGACAAAUCAUCCUGAUGCCGCGCUCCAAGCUGCAGCCAAGAGAGUCGAAGUCGUGCAGCGCAACAGCGGCAGUGUGAAGGAGGCUUGGCAGCAAGGAGAACAGGUUGAGGCACUUGACAUGCUCUGCAGCCUCAUGCUUGUCCAGAAGAAUGUCUCAGAGGCCGACAAAGCCGCCGCUGAAAUGCGACCGGCAAGCAACAAGGGCAUGCAGAAGGGACCGAGGCUGCGCCUGGCCAAACUCAACGAGAGCUUGGUUGACUUGGAGCUUGCAGCACUUUCUCAGCUGGUGCAGGUGAACAUCGUACGCCUCUCGGAAACACCUGGGCAAGGCAGCUUCGCUGGCAAAGCGCUUCAGUAUGCCGAGCAGGGCUGGUCGCUGGCCUGUCGGGAUGCCGCAAGCAUCGAGUACAAGAGUGCUGCCAAAUAUUGGCAGGCCGAAGCUCUGAUCUGUGUAGGUCGGCACCAACAAGCUCUGAUGGCAGCCUACGAAGCGGAAGCCCUCUUCAAUCAGAUCAAGAGAAGCAAAGACAAUGGAGGCACUCUGCGCUGUCUCCUCCUGCAGGGCCGCCUUGCAAAGGCCUUGGGACGCCUGGACGAAGCAAUACAGUGCGUGGAGCGGGCGAUACAGAAUGCAGCUGAAACUGGAAACUCAUCCGGCGAAAAGAUGGCCCGAGAAGAGAUGCAGCGGAUCCGGCAACCAGACGAGGACUACGGUGACUACGAGCCGGAACCGGCCUACGAAACGAGAGCAUCCAGGCCAGAAGACACGGCCAACGUUGUUCGGUCGCACGGCAUCGACCGCGAGUUGGUCAAGCAAAAGCUAUCAACACACGUGCAAAACGUCCUCACGGAGGAGCAGCACGUGGAUGCCGAAUCUCCGCUCAUGGACCUUGGCUUGGAUAGCUUGUCAGCAAUCGACUUGCAGAAUCUGAUUGCUUCCUCGUUCCCUUUUAUGGUUGACACGGCGACGGUUCUCUUCGACUACCCGACGUUGCGAGAGCUCACCGAACACAUCGUGGAGCAAAGUCAACUUGCCGGAGCAGCAGCGCCGAGGCAAAAAGAGUUAAAGAUUCAAGAGACGAGGAUUCCGAACAUCUUCCUGGUGCCCGGUGUGCUCGACACGGAUGAGGCAGCCAGCCUGAUCGCCAAAGCGGAGGAGUCGGGCCUCGAGUUGCAGACCAGCCGCGGUCCAGCCUUCGGCGAGGCUCUCCGGCAUCAUUCUCGAAUCUCCUUCGAAGACCAGCAGUUCGCUGAUGCGCUUUGGAACGGAGGCUUGCAUGCGGCCCUUGCAACAUUGCGCGUAGGUCGUCGCCGCCCUGCAGGCUUGAACGAGAACAUUCGCAUCUACAAGUACUCCGGCGGAGAUGUGUUUGGAAAGCAUGUAGAUGGCAGCAACCAGACGGCCAGAGGCAACACGGAGUUCACACUCCUGAUUUACUUGAGCGGCGAGGAGCACGACCUGGUUGGUGGAGAAACCGUCUUCUAUGCCAGUGGAGCCGAAGCUCUGCGAGUUCGUCCAGUCACAGGGCAGGCAUUGGUUCAUCGGCAUGGCUCCGAAUGCCUGCUACAUGAGUCACUUCCCGUGAGUCGGGGAGUCAAGUACGUGCUUCGCUCUGAUAUCGUCUUUACCGUGUUAGUGGAUGGCCAGCAGCCAAGCUUCGCAUGCAGGUCGGUGCUUGUGCUAGGAGGCACAGGCUUUCGUGGUCACUACACGACCGAGCGCUUGGUGCGUGAGGGCCACAAUGUAACGGUUGUCAGCAGAGGUGCUAAGUACUGGGAUGUCUUCGAUCGCAUCACACCCCAUGUGACCCACUGGAGAUGCAAUCGUACGCUUUCCAGGGAGCACGGCGGAGGAGUGCUUCCAAAGUCGUCUGGGCUGGUGAACUGCACGGAUCUCGUCAAAUCAGAUGUGAUCUUCGAUGCCGUGGUGGACUUCUCAACUCGCACUCUGGACGAAAUGAAGCAGGCCAUUGAGGUGUUCCGAGACCGGGUUGGAUUUUAUGUUUUCAUCUCGUCCCAUGCUGUUUAUGACGUGUCCAAGAACAGAACCCACCAGGAGCCGUUUCUCUUGGAGUCCGACGCCGUGCGGCCUGGACGGGAGAUAUCGCCACUGGACCGGUGGAACCUGAAGGGGCGGAGCGCGCGGGGUGACAACGAGCUGGAGUGCGAAGAGGAGCUCUUGAAACAGUACAAUGCUGGUGGCUUUCCUUAUGUCACACUCCGGUUGGGGAACGUCUUUGGGCCGAAGGAGAAUACCAUUCGCUAUUGGUUGCUCCACCUCUGGGUCAAGGCUUGCGUGGCGUUGACUCUUCCGUUACACAUAGACACCAGCCUCGUAAGCACUCGCAUCAGCAUGACGUACACUCCGGAUAUUGCAGAGGCUGUCGUGCGUGCAAUUUCACGCGGCCUGAACGAGACAUGCUGCCCGGAGAAAGUGCAUGGAGAGGCCUUCAACUUAGCGUGUGAGGAGAUGCCGACACAGAGAGAACUGUACAACUACAUCGGAGAGCCUGCAGGGGUGCCUUACGUGGAAACCAUCGAGACUCCCCGCAAUCAUUCUGUGGUGCUCUACCCGGACAACUUGGGUGGCCCAAUCAGCGUGACAAAGGCGCAGGAAGUCUUGCGGUGGUCCCCAACGGGGCUCAGCAAAGCACUCAGGUCGGUGGCCCGUUUCUACGAGCGAAUCAUGCUCGAAGGAAAGACGCAUAAGGGACAGAUCGAAUUCAUGUACCGAAAGAUGAAAGCCAUGCUUGGUGGAGAUGGACCGCGCUUCGUGGAAUGGACGCGAGCGCAAUAUGCAGAGCGCCGAAAAACGGAGCUGUACGAUGAAUUGGACGACGAGGAUGAGGAUGACAUCAUCCUCGCAAGGAGCGACUUGAAGCGUCCCGGCAAAGGAGGGCGGCGCGGUGAGCUCUGA